AUGCCUUCUGUCGCAACGUCCCUUGUCGGCGGCCACGAGGACGCGAGGCCUUCCAUCUCGAAGCCGCUCGUCUACUCGGGCUCCCUUGACAAGUUCGAGCAGAACGACCUCACCCCCAUCAUUGGCCGUGAGUACUUUGGUUUGCAGAUCCGCGAUCUCCUCGCCUGGGAUGAUGUCGCCAUCCGCGAUCUGGCGGCAACCAUCUCCCAGCGUGGUGUUGUGUUCCUGCGCGACCAGGAUGUCACUCCCACCGAGAUGAAGGACUUCAUCAUCCGUCUUUCCACUCUUGCUGGCUGCCCGUCCUCGUCGGGCUUGCAUGUGCACCCUCUGACCGAAGAGGGGAGCGAGCUGGGGGACCAGAUCUCGGUCAUCUCGAGCGAGAAACAGAAGAAGGGUGGCGGCUUGACUCACCAGCUUAGUGAUGUCUCGCGCUUCGCUAGCACGGGAUGGCAUAGUGACAUCACAUUUGAGAAGGUGCCUUCUGAUUAUGCCAUGCUCAAGAUCCACACACUACCGGUUACUGGCGGCGAUACUCUGUGGGCUUCGGGUUACGAGAUCUACGACCGUCUGUCUGAACCCAUGAGAAAAUUUCUGGAGGGUCUGACAGCCACGCACGAUGCCAACUUUUUCCACGAUGAGGCUGAGCGCCUAGGCAACCCUCUACGCAAGGGCGUCCGAGGCUCGCCACUCAAUCAGGGAUCUGACCUCAAGACCACGCACCCAGUCGUGCGGACGAAUCCGGUGACUGGCUGGAAGUCUGUCUAUAUCAACAAGGGCUUCACCAAGCGCAUCAACGGCGUGACCAAGGACGAAUCGGAUGUGUUGCUGGCAUACCUGUUCAAUCUGGUGACACAAAACCAUGACGCCCAAGUCCGCUUCAAGUGGCGCAAAAACGACGCGGCCAUCUGGGACAAUAGAUCAACGUUACACUGCGCGACCUAUGACUACGACGCGGCUCGUGCGGGAGACCGAGUGGCAAGUCUUGGAGAGGCUCCAUAUCUGGACCUGCAGAGCAGCUCACGGCGUGAAGGUCUAUCACAAUAG